UCCGCCAAGCCCUGCACCGCUGCCGCCGUCGCCAUCGCCUCCCCCAAGUCCGUUGCCGCCUUCGCCUUCACCUCCGCCUCCUCCAAGCCCACCGCCCCCGUCGCCUGAGCCGCCUUCACCACCCAGCCCGCCGCCACCGUCGCCUUCUCCGCCCCCUCCUCCAAGCCCCUUACCGCCCUCGCCUUCGCCUCCCCCUCCACCAAGCCCAGAGCCACCGUCGCCACGUCCACCCUCACCCCCACGUCCACCACCACCUUCGCCACCAAUGCCGUCGCCGCCCUUCCUGCCACCCUCGCCAGCACCCUCACCACCAAGCCCCCCGCCACCCUCACCACCCUCUCCCCCGCCCCCACCGCCAUCUCCGCCACCUAGCCCUCCACCCAGCCCGCCUCCCUCGCCACCCUCACCGUAUCCACCCUACAACCCAGGUCCUUUCCAUCCAACCUGGCCCCAUGCACCUCCGCCCUCGCCUGAUCCUCCAUCUCCGAAACCCCCCUCCCCCCCUCCCCCGUCUCCGAGACCCCCAUCUCCCACUCCUCCGCCUUCGCCAUUCCCCGAACCUCCUUCUCCGUCUCCCCCGCCAUCUCCUUUCCCAUCGCCUCCUUCACCGUCUCCGCCCCCAUCUCCUUCGCCGCCACCCCCAUCGCCGCCGCCACCGCCACCCCCGCCCCGACCGCCAUCCCCUGACCCACCUUCACCACCGCCUCCGCCACCACCCCCCAGCCCGUCGCCCCCACCAAGCCCACCUCCACCUUCUCCCAGCCCUCCACCCCCACCAAGUCCACCUCCGCCUUCUCCCAGCCCACCACCCCCUCCAAGCCCCUCCCCACCUCCACCAAGCCCUCCACCACCCCCAAGCCCGCCGCCACCUUCUCCCAGCCCGCCGCCGCCUCCUAGCCCCUCCCCGCCUCCGCCAAGCCCUCCGCCACCCCCCAGCCCGCCGCCGCCUUCUCCCAGCCCUCCACGGCCCUCUCCGCCCUCCCCCAGCCCGCCGCCAUCGCCUCGCCCCAGUCCGCCCUCCCCCAACCCCCUGCCACCUCCCCUCCCCUCGCCACCUUCCCCGAACCCACUGCCCCCUCCAAGCCCCGCCCCGCUUCCGCCAAGCCCACCGCCCCCGCCUUCUCCUGAUCCCCCACCGCUGCCAUUCCCAGCACCGCCAACCCGGCCGCCAAACCCCUUCCCGCCGCCCAAGCCGCCCCGACCACCGCCCCCGCGGCCACCGCCUCCCCGGCCUUCACCGAAACCGCCGCCUGGUCCCGUUUCCCCACCCUCGCCUCCACCGUCCACCGUACCUCGCCCCCCAAGCCCUGCACCAUCGCCGCCAAGCCCUCCAGAGCCCAACACUCCUGAAGCGCCGCUUGCACCGCUUGCCCCGCUGCCUCCGGAUCCGCCACCCAGCCCUCUGCCACCUUCGCCACCCAACCCAGCUAGCCCACCUCCGCCCGCCAUAACGCUACCGCCAUCGCCGCCUUCUCCCGCCCCAUCUCCUUACUCCCCACCGCUUCCCCCCAGCCCGCCACCAUCUCCCAUCAGCCCGCCGUCACCUCCUUUCCCCCCACCAUCACCGCCAUCCCGGCCGCCAAACCCCUUCCCCCCGCCCAAGCCGCCUCGCCCGCCGCCACCCAAACCGAAACCACCGCCUUCCCCGCCAUCUCCUGCACCAACAACUGAACCGCUUCCCCCAGCCCCACCGACGUCGCCGCCAAGCCCUCCGCUGCCGCCAGACAUUCCGCUAGAACCCUCUCCGCCGUUCCCACCUCAAUCACCACAUCCGCCGCCAGCGCCGCCAGCGCCGCCUCUCCGGCCACCGAAUCCCUUCCCUCCACCCCGACCGCCUCGGCCGCCGCCACCCUCGCCACGACCGCCGCCUGCCCCGCCAUCCCCUGCGCCGUCCACCCUGCCGUUUCCCCCAGCGCCACCGCCGUCACCUCCGGAGCCCCCUCCACUGCCACCAUUCCCUCCAUCUCUCCCCUGGGCGCCAGACGCACCACCCAACCCGCCUAGCCCUCCACCUUUGCCGCCCCCGAGGCCCUCGCCGCCUCUACCUCCCAGCCCGCCAAGUCCUGCGCCUCCGCCGUCCCCAUCACCACCACCAUCGCCGCUGCCCCCCUCCCCAGCUCCGCCGUCUCCCGAUCCACCUCCCAGCUCCCCGCCUCAUCCCCCUAGCCCCUCGCCACUUCCGCCCCAGAGCCCCUUGCCACCCAGCCCAGCCCCCAGCCCUUCACCGCCUCCACCUAGCCCUCAACCACCUUCACCCAGCCCUCCACAUAGCCCCUCACCGCCUUCCCCCAAGCCUCCUUCCCCGGACCCUCCCUCACCUCCUCCGCCCCCAAGCCCUUUCCCUCCCAGCCCACCUCCCCACCCCCCACCACCGUCCCCUUGGCCGCCGCUGCCUCCUUCUCCAGACCCACCAAGCCCUAGUCCCCCCCUUCCGCCAUCCAGCCCGCUUCCCCCCAGCCCAUCUCCACCCAGCCCUCUGCCGCCCUCCCCCAGUCCACCUCCCAGCCCGCUGCCGUCUUCACCUCCACCCCCUUCCCCGUUACCCCCGUCACCUCCAUCGCCUCCAAGCCCUCCGCCGCCCUCACCCCCACCCAGCCCUUCCCCGCCACCGCCUAGUCCAUCUCCGCCACCUCCAAGUCCCCCACCGCCCCCUUCUCCUGACCCCCCUAGCCCUCAACCUCCUAGCCCGCCUCCCAGCCCUAGCCCCCCAUCGCCGCCGCCUCCAAGCCCCGCCCCUCUUCCGCCCAGCCCGCCCCCCAGCCCCGAACCACCCUCGCCGCCGCCUCCCUCACCGGACCCGUCCCCUCCUGGACUACCACCCAGCCCUCAGCCACCAACCUCGCCACCAAGCCCUCUUCCUCCCUCCCCUCAGCCUUCUCCACCACCUUCACCUAACCCGCCCCUACCCCAUCCACCAAGCCCGGCUCCUAGCCCUCAGCCACCUGCCCUCCCCCCACCCCUAUCCUCACCGCCGCCACCCAGCCCCCCACCCAACCCUUCACCACCCUCUCCUCCGCCUCCUUCGCCAGCUCCGUCACCGCCUCUACUUCCACCUAGCCCCCUGCCGCCAUCGCCCCCGCCUAGCCCUCUGCCACCGUCCCCCAAUCCAUCUCCGCCCGCCUCGCCUGUCCCUCCCAGCUCUCCCCCACCAAGCCCGGCCCCAAGCCCCACUCCUCCGUCCCUGCCACCUCCAAGCCCCUUCCCGUCUCCACCCAGCCCGCCGCCCAAUCCUUCACCACCAUCUCCUCCGCCUCCUUCGCCAGCUCCGUCGCCGCCUCUACUUCCGCCUAGCCCCCUGCCGCCAUCGCCCCCGCCUGGCCCUCUGCCACCGUCCCCCAAUCCAUCUCCGCCCGCCUCGCCUGUCCCUCCCAGCUCUCCCCCACCAAGCCCGGCCCCAAGCCCCACUCCUCCGUCCCUGCCACCUCCAAGCCCCUUCCCGUCUCUACCCAGCCUGCCGCCAAAUCCAUCACCACCCUCACCUCCGCCUCCUUUGCCAGCUCCGUCACCGCCUCUACUUCCGCCUAGCCCCCUGCCGCCAUCGCCUCCGCCUAGCCCUCUGCCACCGUCCCCCAAUCCAUCUCCGCCCGCCUCGCCUGUCCCUCCCAGCUCUCCCCCACCAAGCCCGGCCCCAAGCCCCACUCCUCCGUCCCUGCCACCUCCAAGCCCCUUCCCGUCUCCACCCAGCCCGCCGCCCAAUCCUUCACCACCAUCUCCUCCGCCUCCUUCGCCAGCUCCGUCGCCGCCUCUACUUCCGCCUAGCCCCCUACCGCCAUCGCCUCCGCCUAGCCCUCUGCCACCGUCCCCCAAUCCAUCUCCGCCCGCCUCGCCUGUCCCUCCCAGCUCUCCCCCACCAAGCCCGGCCCCAAGCCCCACUCCUCCGUCCCUGCCACCUCCAAGCCCCUUCCCGUCUCCACCCAGCUCGCCGCCCAAUCCUUCACCACCCUCACCUCCGCCUCCUUCGCCAGCUCCGUCACCGCCUCUACUUCCGCCUAGCCCCCUGCCGCCAUCGCCUCCGCCUAGCCCUCUGCCGCCGUCCCCCAAUCCAUCUCCGCCCGCCUCGCCUGUCCCUCCCAGCUCUCCCCCACCAAGCCCGGCCCCAAGCCCCACUCCUCCGUCCCUGCCACCUCCAAGCCCCUUCCCGUCUCCACCCAGCCCCCCACCCAAUCCUUCACCACCCUCACCUCCGCCUCCUUCGCCAGCUCCGUCGCCGCCUCUACUUCCGCCUAGCCCCCUACCGCCAUCGCCCCCGCCUGGCCCUCUGCCACCGUCCCCCAAUCCAUCUCCGCCCGCCUCGCCUGUCCCUCCCAGCUCUCCCCCACCAAGCCCGGCCCCAAGCCCCACUCCUCCGUCCCUGCCACCUCCAACCCCCUUCCCGUCUCCACCCAGCCCGCCACCCAACCCUUCACCACCCUCUCCUCCGCCUCCUUCGCCAGCUCCGUCGCCGCCUCUACUUCCGCCUAGCCCCCUACCGCCAUCGCCCCCGCCUGGCCCUCUGCCGCCGUCCCCCAAUCCAUCUCCGCCCGCCUCGCCUGUCCCUCCCAGCUCUCCCCCACCAAGCCCGGCCCCAAGCCCCACUCCUCCGUCCCUGCCACCUCCAAACCCCUUCCCGUCUCCACCCAGCCCCCCACCCAACCCUUCACCACCCUCUCCUCCGCCUCCUUCGCCAGCUCCGUCGCCGCCUCUACUUCCGCCUAGCCCCCUACCGCCAUCGCCUCCGCCUAGCCCUCUGCCACCGUCCCCCAAUCCAUCUCCGCCCGCCUCGCCUGUCCCUCCCAGCUCUCCCCCACCAAGCCCGGCCCCAAGCCCCACUCCUCCGUCCCUGCCACCUCCAAGCCCCUUCCCGUCUCCACCCAGCCCGCCACCCAACCCUUCACCACCCUCUCCUCCGCCACCUUCACCAGCUCCGUCGCCGCCUCUACUUCCGCCUAGCCCCCUACCGCCAUCGCCCCCGCCUGGCCCUCUGCCGCCGUCCCCCAAUCCAUCUCCGCCCGCCUCGCCUGUCCCUCCCAGCUCUCCCCCACCAAGCCCGGCCCCAAGCCCCACUCCUCCGUCCCUGCCACCUCCAAGCCCCUUCCCGUCUCCACCCAGCCCGCCACCCAAUCCUUCACCACCCUCACCUCCGCCUCCUUCGCCAGCUCCGUCGCCGCCUCUACUUCCGCCUAGCCCCCUACCGCCAUCGCCUCCGCCUAGCCCUCUGCCACCGUCCCCCAAUCCAUCUCCGCCCGCCUCGCCUGUCCCUCCCAGCUCUCCCCCACCAAGCCCGGCCCCAAGCCCCACUCCUCCGUCCCUGCCACCUCCAACCCCCUUCCCGUCUCCACCCAGCCCGCCACCCAACCCUUCACCACCCUCUCCUCCGCCUCCUUCGCCAGCUCCGUCACCGCCUCUACUUCCGCCUAGCCCCCUACCGCCAUCGCCUCCGCCUAGCCCUCUGCCACCGUCCCCCAAUCCAUCUCCGCCCGCCUCGCCUGUCCCUCCCAGCUCUCCCCCACCAAGCCCGGCCCCAAGCCCCACUCCUCCGUCCCUGCCACCUCCAAGCCCCUUCCCGUCUCCACCCAGCCCGCCGCCCAAUCCUUCACCACCAUCUCCUCCGCCUCCUUCGCCAGCUCCGUCGCCGCCUCUACUUCCGCCUAGCCCCCUACCGCCAUCGCCUCCGCCUAGCCCUCUGCCACCGUCCCCCAAUCCAUCUCCGCCCGCCUCGCCUGUCCCUCCCAGCUCUCCCCCACCAAGCCCGGCCCCAAGCCCCACUCCUCCGUCCCUGCCACCUCCAACCCCCUUCCCGUCUCCACCCAGCCCGCCACCCAACCCUUCACCACCCUCUCCUCCGCCUCCUUCGCCAGCUCCGUCGCCGCCUCUACUUCCGCCUAGCCCCCUACCGCCAUCGCCCCCGCCUGGCCCUCGUCCGCCGUCCCCCAAUCCAUCUCCCCCCGCCUCGCCUGUCCCUCCCAGCUCUCCCCCACCAAGCCCGGCCCCAAGCCCCACUCCUCCGUCCCUGCCACCUCCAAGCCCCUUCCCGUCUCCACCCAGCCCGCCACCCAACCCUUCACCACCCUCACCUCCGCCUCCUUCGCCAGCUCCGUCGCCGCCUCUACUUCCGCCUAGUCCCCUGCCGCCAUCGCCCCCGCCUAGCCCUCUUCCUCCUUCACCACCGCCCGGCCCUCUCCCUCCUUCACCACCGCCUUCUCCGCCACCAUCACCACAGCCCCCCACUCCCCUUCCACCGAGCCCGCCUCCUAGCCCCUUCCCUGCCCCUCCGAGCCCGCCGCCCAGCCCUUCGCCACCCUCGCCUCCGCCUCCUUCACCGGCUCCCUCCCCACCACCUCUUCCUCCCAGCCCUUUGCCCCCGUCACCACCUCCCAGUCCUCCCCCUCCUCUGUUGCCCCCUUCUCCGAGCCCACCCCCGAGCCCUAGCCCUCCUCUCCCUCCCAGUCCGCCUCCUAGCCCUUCACCACUUCCACCAAGUCCGCCUCCUAGCCCUUCACCUCCCCCUCCCAGUCCGCCUCCUAACCCUUCGCCACCACCGCCAAGCCCGCCUCCUAGCCCUUCACCUCCCCCUCCCAGUCCUCCUCCUAGCCCUUCGCCACCCUCACCAAGUCCGCCUCCUAGCCCUUCACCGCCCCCUCCCAGCCCGCCUCCCAGCCCUUCACCGCCCCCUCCCAGCCCGCCUCCUAGCCCCUCUCCCCCAUCGCCACUACCUCCCACACCUCCACCAAGUCCUCCUGACCCAUCACCACCCCCAUCACCUUAUCCGAGCCCUCCUAAUCCUCCCCAACCUCCCUCGCCUGACCCAAGCCCCCCCAGCCCUUCACCGCCGCCACCACCCUCUCCAAGCCCUCCCAGCCCUUCACCGCCACCACCACCGUCUCCAAGCCCUCCCAGCCCUUCACCGCCGCCACCACCCUCUCCAAGCCCUCCAUUGCCUCCGUCGCCACCAUUACUCCCUCCUCCUUCACCCAAUCCCCUUCCUCCCCUCCUGCCUCCAAGUCCGGAGCCUCCAAGCCCAUCGCCUCCAAGCCCGUCACCUCCUUCACCAUAUCCGGCGCCCAGUCCGCUACCCCCCUCACCGUCGCCUCCUCCACCAAAUCCGUCCCCGCCACCAAUGCCUCCAAGCCCUCCACCGCCAUCUCCACCACCUACUCCCCCGCCCUCUCUUCCCAACCCUCCUCCCAGAAACCCUCAACCCCCAAGUCCUCCUUCACCCAACCCUCUUCCACCCAGCCCCUCGCCUCCGCCUCCUAACCCUCCAUCUCCACCUCACCCUAAGCCACCAUUGCCAAGCCCCCCGCCACCAUUCUUAUCAACUCUGCCAGCUUCUUAUGUCAACCAAAGCAACCCCUCAGCGGUCAUGCUGGUUACUGAGAGCACGGUGGUGAGCAACUCCCCCAACGUCAGCUCACUCUUCCCCGACGCCGCCAACGUCACCGUCACGCAGCAGCUGGUGGAGUUCCCGCUCAACGUCGCCUUCAAUGGAGGUGGCGGCAAGAACUGCGAUGACUCACUGCUGACCGCAGUGCGCACGGCACUUACACAGCGACUGAGCGUCACGUCGCAGCAGAUUACCAAGCUGGAAUGCGCUGCCGACACCGACGCGACCACUGCUCGGCGGCAACGCAUGCUGCAGGCGGCAGCAGGCGCACCUCCGCCCCCCUCAUCAGCUUGCUCGGAUGCUGGAGCCACCCCCAUGAGCCUGGUGAUUCAGUUGAGCCUUCCCCCGACGGCAAACACGACUGCCAUUUCUGCUACCAUCAACGAAUUGCUCGCCGCCUGGGCUAACGGCUCUGGCUCGGACGACUCGGGACUGAUGCUGUGCAGCUCACCUGCGCUCGGCAAUUUCCGCACGGCAACCGCAGUUAACGUGACCUACGCUGUGCCUCUGAGCAGUCAGGGAGCGGCGGCGCUUGCGCAGCAGUGCAAAUCCACCGGCUGCAGUAUAGUGGAGACACCAAACGCAGCGGCCUCGGAUCCUAGUGCUUUGCCGCCACCACCACUGCCGCUGGCAGCGGUUGCUUCGUCAUCAAAUGACCAGGCGCAAACCGCUAGCUCUAGCAGCAAGGUCAACGUUGGUGUGAUUGCCGGCAUUGCUGUUGGCUGUACUGUGCUGCUGCUGGCUAUGUGCAUCGGGUUGGCGGCUAUCCUGCUCCGGCGCCGGAAGGAAGAACGGGGCCAGCGGCGGCGACCUGGAAGCGCGGAGACUGACGGGAGCAUGGACCCCAUAACGCUGCCACCAGAAGCUGUCACCACUGAAACCGGGCUUGCGAAUGGUGAACCAGCGGACACGCAGGACCCAACCCUGGGGAUCACCUUAGUCCCGAACAGCCCAGGUGGUGCCGUACACCCUCAUGGAGAAGGAAGGACCGCAUGGGCUGAACCCGCUCCCACCUCAAGGCCUGGCAGCCGUGGUGGACCCACUUCCCGGCCUGGCAGCCGAAAUGGCUGGACGGCGGGUGGCCCUGGGGGCUUGCGCAUGGCCCCCACGGUUCCUCCCUUGCAUGCCGACAUUGAAGUUGAUGAGGAGGACAUCGCCCCUGCCAUCGUGGAGACCCCGGCAGCAGCAGCCCCCAACGUGGCCUGGACGCAUGACGCCGCUGCUCGACCCACCUCACCGCCCUGGGCCCGUGCCAGCGGUGCUGCUGUGGCACCUGCAAUCCUCAACCUGCCGGAAGCAAGAGAUCUUGAGGGCGCUGAGGUGGUGCAGGCGGGCCCGGGAGAUGAUGGCAAAGCCCAGCCACCUGACGACAAUGAACCUCCUCGGGCAGCUUGGGGCGGCAAGAAUGACAAGAGCGCACACGGUGGUUCCGGUGAUGCUGCCGACACGGGAGCCAGCGGUGAGCCUCGCACCAGCCGGCCUACCAGUGCGUCCAAUGCUGCAGCUGCUGCUGCCGCCGCCUCUGCUGCCUCCAUGACGUCACCCAGGGCACCUUCACGACUCAGCUACACUGGCAACAAUGCUGGCGGCGGAUCGCUGGCCUCCCCACGGCCACUGAGCCGGGGCAGCACUGGCUCGCCAAUCCCAAGCCAAUCAAUGGUGGGUGCUGCUGCAGCUGCCGCCCUGCGAGCAUUGAACAUCGGCAGCCGGCUAGGCGCACGGUCCCCACGGGUCGUGGAUGAGAGUGCAACUUCUUCUGGCCAGGUCGUACUCCCAGGCGAGGAUGACGGUGAUGGCUGGUCGAUGAGUAACACUAACCCACGACCAUCAAAGAAGGGCCCGAAGGGAGCGGGCUCAGCUGGUGAGGAUGACAACGAUGAUGCUGUGCGUGAACAGCCAUCCAAGAAGGGUUCGAAGGCUGCGGAUGAGGUGCAGCCUCUUGAGGCGACCGAGGACGAGCAGGAACAGCCCACCGCUGCCAAGGACCAUCCGCGACCCUCAAAGAAGGGGCCAAAACAGAAGGAGGAGGAGGCUGGUCCCGCUUCUCAAGAACCCGUUCCUGCAGACGAUCAAGCUGCACCAGCGCAUAAGCCCAACCCCAGGCCUUCUAAGAGGGGUCCCAAGGCAGCGGGCGCGGCAGCUGAACCUUCCCAAGUGUCAUCUGAGGAAGGCAAUGCUGCGGCUGCAGGCAGGGUCAACCCCAGGCCGGUUAAGAAGGGCCCGAAGGCUGCUGUGGACGAGGCUGGGCCCUCCCAGCCUGUGGAGGAGGCCAGCACGUUGGCUGCCAGCAAGCCAAACCCCAGGCCAUCCAAGAGGGGCCCCAAAGUGGAGAAUGAGGCCGGGCCGUCCCAGCCGCCCAAGCCGGAGGUUGCUGUGCUGCCGCCCAGUGAAACAAGCCCAGGGCCAACUAAAAAGGGCCCGGUGGCAGGUGAUGAUGAUGACUCUGACGGCCCUGCGGAUGAGGCCGUAGAGGAGGUGCCGGCAUGGCCGGCUGGCAGGGCAUCCGCCAGGCCGUCCAAGAAGGGGCCGAAGCAUGUGGAUGAUGAUGCUGCAUCCCAAGAUAGCCGCACCCCUGGCCAUGCAUCCGGAAGGGAUGGUCCCUUAUGGCAUGACGUCCGGUCUGACCCCAAGGCCCUGCCCAAGGGCCCCAAGGUCAUGCCAGGCAGGAACCGCUCCUACAUGAUGCCCACCGCCGCCUCCGUCCUCAAGACGGGCCAUGAAGACGUGGUGGCCGCCAAAGCUGCCAUGGCCGCCACAGUGCACGAACUGCGCCGUCCGGCCACGCUGGCGGCUGUUCCGAUGGCAAGCCAUGCUGACGGUCAGCAACGGGCAAGCAUGCCCUCACUGCCCAGCACAUUCGCACAAGCUGCACGUCGCACUCAGUCAGUGACUGACUUGACCGGCAAGCAAAAGACAGGUGUUACCGAGCGGCAUGCGUCUGUGACUAUGCCUGGCAGCAGAGCAGCCCUGGCACCCAACUCAGGCACUGGGCAGAGCAAUGGAGGCAGUCCUGCACAAGAGCCGCUGGGAGCCAAGGGAGGCCCUUUGGCAGCCAGCAAGCCUGCAGCGGCCAUCCGCACGAGCGCACGCAGCAACGAUGCCCCUCGUGAGAUGGCGCCCUCCGAGCCCUCGCUGCCCGGGUCCCCAGGCGGCGGGCGGACCUCCCAGGAUCCGUCCGAAGUUCUCAUGCCGGACGCAUCUGCUAGUGAAGGCGGCGAGGAGGAGCUGACUCAGUGGCUAGCGAUGCACCCGAGGUCUUCCAUAGCAGCUUCAGGAGCAGCAGCUGGUGCAUCUGCAAGUUCAGGAAGGAAGGGCAACAGCCGCAGUUCAGUGCACUUCAAGGAUGACAAGAGGAAACGUUGAGCAGCGGCCUCUGGUUCAGUGUCUUCCGAUGUGUGUGUUGGAAAGUGCCCAUGUCUUAAGUUUGUGUGUAGAUGGCAUUUGAUAGCUGCUGGUUUGUGUUGUAACGUACUUUGUGUAAAGUGGACAGGUUAGAAGUAUUAUGUCUAGAGGCAUUUGGAGGAGGAUGAAGGUCAGAUCGAUGCAGGUAUUGCGUCAGUAAGUCCUUGCUUACAAAGCAUAAACUUGCUGACCUAAAGCGGCUGCCUUCAUAACGUCUUAGGUGUGUUAAGAAAACUGGCUCAUGUUAGGUGUGUGGCUCACGUACGUUGACAUGAUCAACUUUGGGACAGUUGGGUUAAGCGCGUAAAGCUUGUGCUGAGGCUCAGGCGUUAAGGAUGUGACGUUAAUAGGUGCAGGACUACGUUGGUGCUAGCGGAUGGCACAGGACGCAGCGCAUGAUGCGACAAUUGCACCCUACUACUUGUUAUCGUACAAUCACUUGACCUUGGCCGGCCCACAUUACGUUAACAGACCAUAUAACUCGUUUGUGGUCUGCUGCAAGGGGUGCAUGGGGCAUCACCUCCAGACACUGCUUCAGUUGCACUUAUGAAUUGCUAUCGCAUUCAUGGGCGUCUUUUCAUUGUCGGUGGGCCCAUGUGCGCCCAUCGUGCUGGUUGGAUUCUUGUUUGUGGCUCUGUGGAGGCCCUUGCUUGGUGAUUGCCACGUGUGUUGUGAUGGCUUUCGGGUAAGGAAGGCAAGUGUGCAGCAGCCCAUCGCAGGCCACGCCGUCUGUCCGGCUAUUGAUUGCAAUCUUCUCAAUGAAUUCAUCUGAAGGGUUCAUGGCGGCAUUUGUGUGAUUAGUGUUGUGUCGUAACAUAACUAGGCCAUGAGCCCAUGACACUGUGACACCAGCCUAUGCUACUCAACUGGUGCUAUGGGUGUGAUUGCAUAGUUUCCGUUGCAUAAUUCGGUGAAUUUAUGGCCACGCAAGCGCAUAAAGUGGAACAAUGUUGGAUUGCUGCCUGGCUUGGCACCAUGUUGCUUGGUUAGGGCUUGCCCCUCCUGCUACACCCUGCUCUGGAUACGGGGGUAAGGGAGGCUUCAAGCUUAUGGUCCUUGCCAUAACUUCGUUGUAAGACGUUAUAACGCGAUCGCACAUGGCCCCUACAAACUGCCGGUACUCCAAACCCUUCCUAAUUAUUACAGUGCAGAAAAUUGGUUGUAUCUCCCAAUGUAACCUUUGGCAAG